GCGUGGUGGAUCGGGUUGACCUCGUCGCCUUCUUGUCCGCUGAACGUUCUCGUGUCGCCAAGCAGCAAGUCAACGCUGACCGACAAGUUUGCUUGGGGGAGUAUUUUGCUGACUUCCUAACAUAAUCUUUCUCUGUAAUCUUGUUCUUGGAAGGACUCAUCGAGGAGGAAAGGAAACCGAAUUAAUGGGUUGAGAUCCUCCUUUUUCAUGAAGCGGAUCGGAAGAUCUCUCUUCUCAACUCUUACCAAGGAAUUAGGUGAAGACCUGUUCGUGCCGGAUUGAUGCUAUUCGUGCAGCAUCCAACCUUUGACCACGGCGGCAUCCCUCAUUUAGAUCGCCUCUGCUUACUCUUCCUCUCCUCCAUCAGCAAACCCUCAACAAGAAAGGAAGGCAACCCCUCGUUCAGGUGGGUGAUCGAGAGGAGCAAACUUGGAAGUGGAGGAAGACAGGAUGCUGAGGCAGGCGUCGAGUAGGAACCAUAGAGUGAACGGGGGGUUCAGGGAGAAGAACGCGCUCCAGAUCGGCGUUCUGGUCGCCGUCUGCCUCUGGCUGCUCUACCGGAUGAAGUGCUCUCACGACCAGAGGAAGGCAUAUGAGGACAGGUUCGGAGAUGAUGAGAGGGUCGCCAUGUUCGGCAGGGAGGGGCUCCUCCCUGACACGUUCGAGGUGGCUUCGCUGUCUGCGGAAGGCAGAACACAUGUGGUGAAGCAUGAGGAACUCGAGAAACAAGAACACGAGGAGCGAUCGCAUGAGGCUCAAGAACAGAGUUUUAAGGGCGACGACGCUUCCAGCGAGGUCGUCCAUGGCGGCCAUGAAGCAGAGCACGAAGAACGGGCGCAGGCGGCGCAAGAAAGAAGCUUCGAAGCCGAUGAUGCCUCCAGUGCUGUCGAUCAUGUCGUUCGAGUUAAAGAAUCCGUAUCUGGAAAUAUACUGUUCGAUCCAGCUGAAACAACUAAUUCCAGCCUUGUUCAUGAAGGAACUGUGCUGGAGAAGAGGCCUUCCUCAAGAACAGCACCUGGUGAAUCAGAUAAGCAAGAAGAAUUGGGGACGAGAUCGAGAGACUCGUCGAAGGAUGAAAUCAAUGUGCGGGACAAUCAUACUGCAAUAUCUGAAGACUGGAGAGAAGCAGAGAGAAACCAGUCGACGGUGGUGCAUCCAACCAUUGCUGUUGCUACAGCUGAGCCGGAAGUCCCAUGGCAAGAGGAGUCCGAUUCACCGGAGACGACGAACAACGUAGAGAGUAUCAAGUGACGAUGUGUGAUAGGCUUGUUGUAGUAGUAGUAGUAGUAGUAUGAGAUUAUAAUUUGAUCAUCCAUCACAUGCCUUGAGAUCUUCUGAUCCACAGUGCAGACUUCUGCAUAGAAAUCGACAUGCAAUUAUUUACCUGCUUA